AAAAAAAAAAGGAAACAGACAAAAAUAGCACAUGCAGUAAGCUUUUAGCUUUGACAUUGGCUCUUAGUAUAUUUCUAUUCUUCUUUCACAAACUCCGCUCAAACGCUCGAUCCCAAAUCCUUGAUCAGUUUAUUGUUAUACCCUUAGUGAAAUAUCAGCAUGUCUUUCAUGACCUCAGAAUGUUUAUUUUUAAAAAUGAUAAUCAGUCAAACUCGUUUGGGUUGGUAGAUAGAUGAUUUAAAUAACCAACAAUGAGUUGAGAUGAGAAUAUAUAAGAAGAUGAUCUAUCUGCCAAAUUCCUUCAGACUUGAUUUUUUCCCAUGCUAUAACUUAUUAACGAUAUUGUUUCUUCUUAAUUGAUAUUAUUAAAAAUGAUUCGACAAAUAUUUAUAAGCUUUUCCUUGCUCAGUCUUGGAUUAAGCUCGCCAAUCCCAGUUUUUGAAAAUUCUACAGAUACACCAACGCCAACUUGUUUAGAAGCUGAUGAAUGCUCAGAUACACCUGUUGCAUGUUCGCCUGAUACUAGCUGCGAACUUCCAUCUGGAUGUGUUUAUGAUGAACAAUGCAAUACUUCACAAGAAUGUUUAGAUAAUUGUGUGCCAAUUAAUGGAUGCGAAACUCCAUUAUGUACGCUUCCAGAUCAUUGCACGUAUUAUGGAAAUUGCUUACUACCAUCAGGAUGUUCUGUUCCAGAUGAUUGCAUUGAUGAUGAUGUUCCAGACCCAACAAAUUGCACCUUGGCUCUUCCAGAUGGAUGCACACUUCCAGAUCAUUGCACUUUUUUGAAUGAUGGUUGCGCCUUACCAAGUGGUUGCAAUAUUCCAGACAAUUGCAUUUAUGACGAUGACCCAGAUCCAAAAAACUGCACUUUAACAGUUCCAGAUGGAUGCACACUUCCAGAUUACUGUGUUUUUGACGACGACUGCAAUUUACCAACAGGAUGUUCUGUUCCAGACGACUGUUCAUACGACAUCACUUGUAAUCUCUCAGCCUGUGAAGAUGUUCUUGAUGUAAUAGAUGAAUGUGGUGGUUAUGAUGCAGAGGGCUAUAAAGAAUGUUUCUGCGAUGUCUUUAGUGCAAACACCACAGCACCACAUAGUUUAAACUCAUGUAUCGCUUGUGACUUUUGUGAAGUUUGGCUUGAGUAUGGAAGACCAUUUUUUGAAAAUGCCUUUGUAUGCAAUGGAAUUGUACCAGCAAUCUUGUGUAUAGAUCCAUGCGAGGAUGGCGACUGUGAUAUUACUGAUACUGAUACUCCAACACCAACACCAACUCCAACACCAACACCAACACCAACUCCAACUCCAACUCCAACUCCAACUCCAACUCCAACUGAUACCAAAACACCAACUGAUACCAAAACACCAACAAAAACAAAAACAGAUACUAAAACAGAAACAGAAACAGAAACAGAAACAGAAACAGAAUGUUCUAAAACAGAUGAUGCUGGAAACAAAAUCUGUGACAAAACAAGUGAAAAACCAUCAGAACCUACUGUUUCUAAAUCAUCAACAUCCACUAGUUCUGGAACUGUUCCAACAAUUUCUGAAGGAUACACCGGAGCUGGAACCAAAGUAUCCUACAGCUUCAACGCUUUACUUUUUGCUGUAUUAGCUUUAAUCUAAUCCCAAGCCUUUUCGAAUUGAACUUGAUUUUUUUAUUACUAUUUUGAUUUACAUUUUUUUUAAUUUUACUCUUUAUGUUGGUUUUUGCUUUCU